GAAGCCCCUCAAUGAACGGGCACUCCUGUAAAGAAUCAGUGAUGUUUGAAGAUGUAGCUAUAGACUUCACCAAAGAAGAGUGGGCCCUGCUGGACAUAUCCCAGCAAAAGCUGUUCAGAGAUGUGAUGCUGGAGAAUAUCAGUCAUCUGAACUCAAGUCCAUAUACACUUUUUCCUCCACAAACAUGGAAUAAGAUUUGCAAAAGAUCCUUCCAGUUGGAGCAAGGAAAAGAGCUGUGGAGUGAAGGACAGGAUUUCUCCAAGGCCAGAGUCCAGCAUAAAUCUCGUGCUUCAGAAGAUCCUAUUGAAAGUACUGACUUGGGUGAUGAGUUUACUCAUAUAUCUGCAUUGACUCAAUUUUUGUUAAUUCACCUGAGGAAGAAACAUUAUUUCAGCAAACAGUGUAGAAAAUCACUUAGUGAACAAUCAUUCCUUACUCAGUAUAACCACAUUCACACUAGAGGUAAAUUACAUAAAUGCCAUCUAUGUGGGAAAGACUUGAGUAAUUCCUUUAGUCUUAGAAGACACAAGAUGACUCACACUGGAAAGAAGCCAUUUGAAUGCCAUCUUUGUGGGAAAGGCUUUCUGCAAAGCUUUGCCCUUAGAAACCACAAUCAAACACACAGUGGAGAGAAACCAUAUAAAUGCCAUCUGUGUGGGAAAGUCUUCAGUCAGAAUUCUUACCUUAGACAACAUGAGAAAAUUCACAUAAGAAAGAAACUAUGUGAAUGCCAUCUAUGUAAGAAGGCUUUCAUUCACAGUUCCUACCUUAGAAAACAUGAGAGAAUUCGUUCUGGAGAGAAAUGUUAUGAAUGUCAUCAAUGUAAGAAAACUUUUAGUCAGAGCUCUGGCCUUAGCCAACACAAGAGAACUCACACUAGAGAGAAGCCACAUGUGUCUCUUCUAUGUGGGAAAGCAUUCAGUCGAUGUGCUGAACUUAGACCACAUAACAAAACACACACAGGAGAGGAAACCAUAUGCAUGUCACCAGUGUGGGAAAGCCUUCAGUCAAUAUUUCAAUCUUAGACACCAUGAAAGAACGCACACCAGAGAGCAACCAUAUGAAUGUCAGCUAUGUGGGAAAUUCUUCAGUCAGUAUUCUUCCCUUAGACGACAUGAGGGAAUCCAACAUUGGAGAGAAAAUCAUGAGGGUCUUCAGUAAGUAUUCUGACCUGAGAUGACACGGUAUUACAGAUGCAAUGAAUGUGGAAGAAAUAUCAGUCAGAGCUUUAACAUUUGAAGUCACCAAAGGAUGCACAUAUUGAAGAAACAGACUGUAAUCACUAGAGAAGACGCUUCAGUUCUCAUACUCCUCAGGCAAGAUAUACAUUUGUGUAUGGAAGUGAAUUCAUACAUGUGCCGUGUGUGUGGCAAAGCCUUCAGUCAUGGUCUGACCUCAGACGACAUGGCAGAGCUCAUACCAUAAAUAUAACAAUACGGAUGUUUUCAGCAACAGCUCUCAACUUUAAAAACACUAUAGCACUCGUGCAGAGGAUAACCCCUGGUUCAUUAUGAAAAAUGUGGCAUAAAAUAUAGGAGUACAAAAUGAUCUGGCAAUAUUAAAUGUAAAAUUUUUUAAGAAGUUAAACUUUUACUAUAGAUCAACACUUGCAAAUAU